AGUCGCCCACAUUUUUGGAAGCAUCCAUCUGUGAGGAAACUCUUUUGGUGCAUUGCGUUGUCACAUCCGACACUGGUGUACCGUUGGCAUCGUCGGUGUUGUUACAUCGUGUCGGAGUUGCGUUCCGUCCGUCCCAGGGUCGCUCGUUGUAACUGUUCCACGACGCCAUGGGCAACACGGCGUCGGAACCCGACGAGGACGAUCCGUCCGCCACGGAUCCUUUUGACGGCGUGGAUACCUUGGGCUACCGCGUGCUGGGCGUGCAGCCCGACAGUCCCGCAUCGCAAGCCGGUUUAGUCUCCUUUCUCGACUUUUUGGUCGGCGCCCAAGGCCGCAUGCUGCUGGGAUCGGGCGAAGACCUCGCCGACGGCGAGGAGUACGACGAUAUUGAUCUACCGGCGUUACUCAAGGAAUACCAAAACAAGGAACUGGAAUUGCUGGUAUGGAAUAUUAAAUCCCAGCAAGAACGGUUAAUAUGCUUGACACCACGAGACGAUUGGGGCGGCGCUGGUCUCCUGGGGGUCACGAUUCGACUCGACAAUUACGCGGGGGCCGAAGACCGAUUGAUUCGCGUACUCACGGUCGAACCCCAAUCUCCCGCCGCCGUGGCUGGACUCGUCCCCUACCAAGACUUUCUCCUCGGCACCACGCACCAAACUUUGGAAACUACCACACAACUCGCGGAUCUCCUACAAACCAACGUGGAUCAAGUGGUGGAAUUCUACGUCUACAACGUGGACUCCGACUUGGUACGUUUGGUCGCCCUCCUCCCGACUCGGGCCUGGGGUGGUGGUGGACUCUUGGGCGCCCAAGUCGGCGUCGGCUACCUGCAUCGUCUUCCACACGCGGUCCGUACCACGCCCGGCGCCAGUGUCGCCCGCAAAGUACGGUACGUCGGCGUGGCGCCCGGAGGUCGCGCGGGAACGCCGCGAUUACCCCGACCCGUCCUCGUCAUGGAACCGCAACUCGAAAUGGAAGCUCACGAUGGGGAACCUGAAGACGACGAUGAAGACAGUGACCACAGCGAUAAUGUGGAAGAAGUAUUUCCUCCACGACGAACGCCCGCACCGAGCAACGAACAAACGGCCUUGGAACCAUUGCCGCUUUCGAAUGCCACCAAAGUGUCGGCCGACACUCCCGGUAACCAAGGUGGGACUCUAGCGUCCGCCGCUGCUAGUGUCUUUGCCGCCCCGCCCGUACAUACCAGUAUGCCUCCAGCACCGCAAGCCGAACCCUAUGAGAAUCAUGGUCUCGUUGCACCGAAAGAGUCAACGGCUCGCUCCGCGUCUAACUCCGGCGUGUUCGACGCUUUGCCUCCGCCACCGCAAAGGACCGCCUACCGGAACUGA